CGCUCUCAAAGGUAUAUAAACGCAGAGAGGAGAAUGAAUUAAAACCUUUCUUCAAAACCCUAACGCCCCCCGCAGAGAAAGAAAAGCGAAGGCUGUUUGUUAGAAGAAGAGGAGAAGAGAUGGCGAAAUCGAUGAGGUGCAAGAGAGAAAAGAGGCUUCGGGCAAUUCGGAGAGAGAUUGUGGAGCCCUUCUACGACAACAAAGACGCCGCUAAGCUCGCUGCUCAAGAGGCUGCCCUCGCCGCCCCUAAGCUACCCGUGCGUCCCUCCCCAAAUUCCACCGCUGCUAUGGACCUAACCACCACCACCAAUAAGACUGACAUUAGCUCUACGGCUUCAAUCUUCUCAGUUAAUGCGAUGGAUGUGGAGAUGGCUGAUGGGAAUCAAAGCAUAGGUUCCUUAAAGCCUGUUGGUGGAAUAGGGAAGAAGUCCAAAAGAAAGUUCAAGGUGGGUAAAGGCAAGCGCCGCGGUAAGGGCCUCCGGAGGAAGCGUCACAUUUGAUUCCAUAGCAGACGUGUGUUCUGUAUUAUGUUUUUAAGUUUCCUAGGUAUUAAGUUAAGAAAGUUGUUAAUUGAUAUGAAUUGUAAGUGUCCUUUCCUUUUUUCAGAACUUAUUAAUGUGCAUGGAUGACUCUUUGCCAUGCACUUAUAGAGACUUUUAGGUGUCAUCAUCGCGCCGUGUAAUUUUGAUUUGGGUUGCAAGGACAUCUCUACCUACAUGGCUACAGUCAACCGAGAUUGUUAACCCUGCAGUGUCUGGAGCAGAUACAAAAUAGUAUAAAUGCAGUCUCCUGUGCCAUAUAUGAACGAGGUCAAACUUACAACUAAAACACAUUGUUAUGGAGCACCCCAAGAGGUAAUUCAGUACUUGCCAGGAUUUAUAGACAUCUUUGAUAACUAGACCUAAUAAUUAUUGCUUGGGUUUGUUUAACUUUUGUAAUGGCAAGAUCUGUCGUGACCUCGAAUGUCGUGGUUGUUAUGCUUCUCUUGAUAAUUGAUGCGAUGUGGAUGGCUCGUCAUUUGUCU